CUGCAUUCUGAAACAGGUUCAUUCCUUUUGAUAGGCAUUUUAACGCUGCUAUUAAAUUUGUUGUCACCUGGUCAUGACAAUCCUGCCGAGGAUAAAGGAUGCACUUUUUUCCCCAAGGACCAUUUAAAUUCCCAUCUAUCUCCUUCGUGGAACCAUCUUUUCCCCCCACCUUUUUUCUUUCUUUUCUUUUCUUUUUUUUUUUUUACAGAAUAUACUGUAGAUGUCUAUUCUGAACAAUGAUGCUUGACUUGGGUUAUCUAAAUGCAAUGUACUGCCUUUUCAACAAGGCUUGCAAUUUUCAUAAGGAAUGUAAACCAUGUUUUCACAUCUGGCUGCUCAUUUGGUAGCCGGUAAGGGCUUUGGCUCAGUAUCUAUUGCCAGCUAGCAAUCAUGGCUGGGGAAGACAGAAGCCUGAGCUGAUAAAACCAAAUACUGCAACACUGGAAUACUCUUCAUUGAAGACAAACUACCGCCGCUGUGUGGUUAAAUUGAGCCUAACGCCACGCUGGCAGGCAUGCGGAUCCGACUGCAGAGGUCAGGCCAUGCGGCCUUGCUUCUAUCAGAGCUGAACCGCUGCCGCCUGUCACGGAUCCUCUGCGACGUGGUCCUGCAGGUUGGAGGAAGGUCCUUUCCUGCACACCGUGCAGUCCUUGCAUGUGCAAGCUCUCACUUUAGCAGUCUGUUAUCUAGGGGGGCGUAUGGCCAGGGUGGCACUCCUCCUACAUUCUCUUUGGACUUCAUUUCUGCAGCCAACUUUGAAAAAGUGUUGACUUUUAUUUACACGGGUGAGAUCCUCACUGACCUGAUAGAUGUCGGCGUGCUGUACGAGUUGGCAGAACGACUGGGUGUCAGGGAGUUGGUGCGGGCUUGCCACGCCACCUUCCCAGAUAUGAAGAGCUCUGAUGGAGAUGUGGAAACGGACAUGACCCGUGUUACCACUAUGGCUGCCUCCAUGUGCUCUUCAUCCGUGGCAUCCUGCUCUUCUCUGUCGUCUCCUGCUGCUCCCACUCCGGUAGCACCUUCCCCCCUUCCUCAAAGCAGAGGAAACAGGGUAAACCGCUCUCAUGUGCCCCCCCUCUCACUUACCCACUCACCAAAAGCAGAGGAUGGGUUUCAGCUACAUAUGAGCUAUAACCAGCUGGCAAACAACAAACGGAGUUCAUUGGAUAAUCACCACUCUCAGGUUUCUGAGAUCCUCCCAGCUCUCAACUUGCAGCUUAAAACUGAACAGGAAGAAGAACAAGUGGAUGGAAACCACAGCUCAGAGGAACAAGCCAUUAUUAAUGUCAACAAACCUGCGAAUCCUGAAGCGUGUUCCAUUCCUGAUUCAUCAGCACAGGCUGGAGGGGAAUCCUGCGCCCCAUCCUCCUCCUCUGGUGAUCCACUAGAUAGCCUGCAGCUUCGAGUGGUCGAAGGGGGCGUUGGACUUGGGGUCGGGGCAGUCAAAGACGGCAUGUUGUUUGAGGAAGAAGACGACGGAGAUAAAAGAAGCCUUCACGAUGGGCCUUCAGAGGACGGAGAGCACUGGAGAGCUUUAGCAGGGGAUGUAAUCGAACUAAGCGACGAUGAAGAAAAUUACCUCGAGGAAGACGAGGACGACGAAGAGCUUCUGUGCAUAGAGAACGGCAGAAGCGGCAUCUCUGUGAAUCAGGGCCACUUGGCACCAUCAUCACAGCCCUGUAAAACCUGUGGCGUGUUGUUGCACGCGGAUAACAGUGUCUUACGCACUCAUGCAGAGACGCACCUGUCUGAGACGGGUGGCUGCCGAGUGUGCGGUGCUUCUUUCCCUGACCGAGCAUCCAGCGUCGCUCAUGCCCUCACACACGUGGGCAUCCUGCUGUUUUCCUGUGAGAUAUGCGAGUUGCAGUUCUGCACCGAGGCUGAACUGAUCCGUCACAGGCGUCAGUCAGUGGCCCGCUGCGUCCCCCAAAUGCCAGAGCAAUUCAUGAACACAACUCAGGGGUCUGGAGGGGAAAUGCACUGUUCUGUGUGCACGAAAUCCAUUCCUAAGGAUUUAAAGGCUGUCCGGGAGCAUGUACAGGUCCACGUGUGUUUGCGGACGUUGCGCUGCGGUGUGUGCCAGUCAAUUCAACCCACGCGAUGUGCCCUUCUAUGGCACACGCUGACCCACAUUCUUGCCAUUUACUCCUGUCCACAGUGUGCCUGCCCCUUCCUGGAGAGGCCCCUACUGGACACACACUUAGCCCUGCACACUGACCAAGGUGACGCAGGCAGAGAAGAUGACUGCAGUCAGGAGAGCAGUACAGAAGGACAGGGUGAGUUUCAGUGCUUCCUGUGUCCACAGACCUUCCCUUCGGAUGCAGCAUUUCAUUACCACCUGAGCACGCACCCUAGCGAGCCCCAAGCAUGGCCAAUCAAGCGCAAGGCAGACCAGCCACUGGAGUUCUCCUCCUCCUCUUCCUCGCCACUAGAGCCCGGAGGCAUUAGCAAACUCACUGGCCUGGGCUUUAGCAUGGGCACGUUUAUCCCAGACAAAAUGAUCCAAGCUGGUAUGCCUUUCCCUGCAGGACUUUUACAGAAUGGCAGCAUAGCCGGUUGUGCUCAAGCAGGUGCCGUCCUGAAGCAGAAGUGGUACCGGUGCAGGUACUGCGGCAAGCGUUUCGCCCACUCUGGCGAGUUCACCUACCACCUCCGUAUCCACACGGGAGAGAAGCCCUACCAGUGCAAGGUGUGCCUGCGCUUUUUCCGUGGCCGCUCCACCAUGAUCUGCCACUUGAAGACACACGCUGGCGCCCUGAUGUACCGCUGCACCGUGUGCGGCCUCUACUUCUCGACGCUCAAGAUGGUCUCGUCGCACAUGGAACUCCACAAGGAUCACCUACCUCCUGACUUCAACAUCGAGGAGACCUUUAUGUACAACGACCAUUCCAAAGAGCCUCUCCCCAACCUGGACACCUGAGGGGAAUACUCAUGUGCCUCCAUACUUAGGACCUUGCUCAUUAUCCGUGACUGCCAUUGAGGACUAAGUAGAAUUAGAACACUAUUAAAUGUUCCACGUGAUGAGACCAGAGUUUGAAGUAGGUACCGUUGUUGCUCCACCACUUGAUGGCAGUGUUUGUCUUGAGGGCUCCUGUGAAUGUGAGGUCUCGAUGAUUAGUUUAGAAUUACCUCGUGAUGUUCUUCCUUUCUACUCAUUCUGUAAUUAAUAUAAGCUAAAUGUAUAUAAUCUCGACGUGUUACAACGGCGUAUUGGAUCACCAGUGACUCUGGAGAAAGGGCAUUGCAGAAGAAACGGAAGAUUCAGAAAGCGUACAGACGAGGCAGGAUAUACAGUAAGACUGUGCCCUGCUCUAUCGCCCUCUUACAGAGGGUCAAGUCGUGCUUUAAUUUACUAUUUAUUUUUUACACUAUAUUUUAUUCGUUCUAGUCACGCCAUUUUGUACAUUGUGUUUUUAAUUCAGCACAAAGUGCUUGUAUUAUGAAGUACGCGUUAAAGAAGCAAGAGUGAAAAUAAAGUAGUCAAAACAAAUCCUGUGCAGUCAGUAUAGUUCUGGAAUUCUUUUGAUAGAAUUCCCCAGACGUCCUCAGUGUUCACUUUUAUUAUCAUGUUUUAUCAGUUACUUGCUAAUUCAAUUGGAACACAAAAAAACAGCAAGACAAAGCAGCAGAAAGAAGUAGCAUUUUUAACGUCAUUUCCAACUCUCCAGGAUCAGGACCAACAGCAAUUUCAGAAGAAAAUAUAAAAUAAAAUGAAAAUAAAAAGGUACCUAUUGCCUCUUUUAAGCAGGCGAAUUCCACAAUGUGUAAUAUUUUUUUAUUGUGAAAGCAGUACCUUAUCAUACAAUUUAAGAUCUCUAACUAUUUAUUUAUUUAUAGCUUUUUAUGUUGACACAUUAUCUUUUGUAAGAAGUGUUUUCAUUCGAAAUAGAAGUGCAUUACUUUGUUCUCGACUGUAUUUGUUUCGUACUCGUUCUGAAUAAAAUCGAACUGGCGAACAUG